GUCCAGCCAGAUAUUUUUAGGAGUGACAAGCACAGAAAAAAACCCAGCACAUAAGAUCCCAAAAGGCAAAAGGACAACAACUGAAGCUACCACUGUACACAAAAGACUGUAAUGACACACUGUUGAUGACCAGAUUGAUAACAUGGCUCUUACAAUGAAGUCUGCAUGGAUAGCUGUGCUUUGUGUGCUAAUGGCAGCCAGGCUGGGUGUCUCUCAAGAGGAGGAUACAGAGCUGGCUGAGCAGGACGGCAGGGAACCUUGUUCCCGCUGGAUGAGAGGUGUUCCUGGCACACCAGGGUUUGAUGGUAUCCCCGGGCGGGACGGACGUGAUGGGCGUGAGGGGGAAAAGGGAGAUAUCGGAGAUCCAGGCCCCAAAGGACCAAAUGGAGAGCCAGGUGACCCAGGAGAUGAGGGACCUGCAGGCAAAAGAGGAUUUCCUGGAAACCCUGGUCUGAAAGGAGAAAGCGGAGAGGGUUCCUUCCCCUACCAAUCUGCUUUUAGCAUGGGGCUCACAGGUAAAACCACCCAGGCUAGUGGAGCUCCCAUCCGCUUUCUUAAAACCUUCUACAAUGAGCAGCACCACUACGACGACAUCUCCGGAAAGUUUCGCUGUGCCAUCUCUGGGAUCUACUACUUCACGUAUCAUCUCACCAUCAACGGGAAGGAAACCAAGGUAGCCAUGUUUAAAAACGGUCGGACUGUGGCCUUUACUCUUGACCAGUUCCACAACGGAAAUCUGGAUCAGGCCUCCGGAGGGGUGAUUUUAAAUCUGUCUGCUGGAGAUGAGGUUUGGCUGCAGUUGUAUGAUGACGUAUUUGAUGUAGGGAUUUAUGCAGAUACCAACAAUGACUCCACCUUCAGUGGCUUCCUUUUGACUCCUAAAAUCUUAAGCAACCCAACUGACAACCGCAGACGCUGACACUUUGUGGAUAUAUUUAUAGCCACAUGUUCACUUAAUCUCACAGAACAAUCUGUUUAAUGCAGCAUGAAGAGAUUAUUUGGUGUGUGUGUUUGUGUAUGUGUGUUUGAUAUUGUCAUAAGCCCUGUCAUUUUUAGAUUUAUAGGCCAGAUAUGUUCACAGGGAGUCUGCCUGCCCACCCGCUAAACAUGUCACAUCUAGCCAACUGGCUAUCUCUCAAUACAGCAGUUGGUGUGCAGUUUAGCAUGCUUCAUCCUCGCAGAUAUUUGAAUCAGUGUUCAAGGUCAGUAUAUACCACCACACAUGCUGAGCUGUGACCUUAUGAUUACAUUUUAUUUAGAUUUGCAGUCCUGCAGCUCUUUGAUCUCCAUGUGUAUGUCAUAGUUUUUAAUGAACCAAAAUAGCAUGACAGCUGUUGAGUAUUUAUAUUUAUUAAUGGUUAUUAAAAUCAUUCUCAGGCUAAUGACCAACGACUUGGACUGUGUUCUAGAUUUUGAAGAAACAUCUUAAUUGUGGAUAGUUUUACAUCUCUCUAAACUCCCAAGACAGGUAACUGAAAAAUCCUGCAAAUUUGGAUUUUUGUGCUGAUUUGGUUAUUAUUACUGAGUGUUUAUGUGUUAGUAAGUUGAACAGUGAGAUGAUUAAUUAGUUUUUAGUAUUGGAUUGCUCUGUGAAUAACAAUAGGAUGGCAUAAUAAUAGUCCAAUAAAAUGUGAGCAACAGCAA